GGGCUUGGAAGGCGCGACAGCCCCAAGUCCCUGACUUCCCCGCCUUUCUCAGCCUUGGCUUCCUAGAAGCGGCCGCGGGCCACCCCGCGGCUCCGGGACGUCCCCUGCCCUGAGAGCGGGCUUUGCCCCCAGCAGCUGCCUGCAAGGGAAGACGGGCUUGGCCCGGGUGGGCAGCCGGGUCGCAGACAGGGUUAGACGAAGUCUGCUCUUGGCCUGUGAGGGGGACCCUUGGCUCCACGUGGAGAGGAGGCGGUGGCUGGGGCUAGCCACCCCAACCAGGGGCAGUAGGACCCUGAGCUGGCAAGGAAUGUUGAGGGGUUAAGAUCCAGCUCCUAACACGGGGCUUUUCUUCGGGAAGCCAUCUGGAAGAUUCUUUCACCAGGACUGGAGGAACUGAUGUCUGUGCAAGCAAAAGUGAGCGGGCUGCCAAGGCUUAGCCAGUUUUGUCUCAGCAACUUUCUGCCCCGUCCUGUGUCUCCUAGGCAUGAGGAGGCAAGCUUUUGUCCUUUCCAGAAGGCGGCUGUGAUGAGUGCCGUUCCCGCUCCGGUCUUUAGACCGGGCUGUCCAUUCUUUGCCUGUCCCCACAGCUCUUCCUGCAGACUCUUUUUUCCCGAGGACCCUGUUAAGAUUAUCCGAAGCCAAGGGCAGUAUCUGUACGACGAGCAAGGGCGAGAGUUCCUGGACUGUAUCAACAACGUAGCUCAUGUUGGUCACUGCCAUCCCACCGUGGUCCAAGCCGCACACGAACAGAACCUGAUGCUCAACACCAACAGCCGAUACCUUCACGACAACAUUGUGGACUAUGCCCAGAGGCUGUCGGAGACCCUGCCGGAGGAGCUCUCUGUGUUUUAUUUCCUGAAUUCUGGGUCAGAAGCCAACGACCUGGCCUUAAGACUGGCUCGCCAGUGCACAGGACACCAGGAUGUGGUGGUAUUAGACCAUGCUUAUCACGGUCACCUGAGCUCCUUGAUCGACAUCAGUCCCUACAAGUUCCGAGCCCUGGAUGGCCAGAAGGAAUGGGUCCAUGUGGCUCCUCUCCCAGACACCUACCGGGGCCCCUACCGGGAGGACCACCCCAAUCCAGCAGAGGCCUAUGCCAGUGAGGUGAAGCAAGUGAUCAGCAUCGCACAGGAGAAGGGCAGGAAGCUCGCUGCCUUCUUCGCUGAGUCUCUGCCCAGUGUGGGUGGGCAGAUCAUUCCCCCUGCUGGCUACUUCUCCCAGGUGGCAGAGCAUAUUCGCAAGGCCGGAGGGCUCUUUGUCGCAGAUGAGAUCCAGGUUGGUUUUGGCCGAGUAGGCAAGCACUUUUGGGCCUUCCAGCUGGAGGGGGAAAACUUCGUCCCUGACAUUGUCACCAUGGGGAAGUGCAUCGGCAAUGGUCACCCUGUUGCCUGUGUGGCCACUACCCAAGCUGUGUCAAGGGCAUUUGAAGCCACUGGUGUAGAAUACUUCAAUACGUUUGGUGGCAACCCAGUGUCCUGUGCUGUGGGGCUGGCAGUCCUGGAUGUCUUGAAAACAGAGCAGCUCCAGGCUCAUGCCGCUAAUGUGGGCAGUUUCCUAAUGGAGCACCUCAACCAACAGAAAGCCAAGCAUCCUAUCAUUGGAGAUGUCAGGGGCUCUGGGCUCUUCAUCGGUGUGGAUCUGAUCAAAGAUGAGACCCUGAGGACACCAGCAACUGAAGAGGCUGAAUACUUGGUCUCCAGGCUGAAGGAGAACUACAUUUUACUGAGCACUGAUGGCCCUGGGAGGAAUGUCCUCAAGUUCAAGCCUCCAAUGUGCUUCAGCCUAGACAACGCACAGCAUGUAGUAGCAAAGAUAGAUGACAUUUUAACAGACAUGGAAGAAAAAGUAAGAAGUUGUAAAACACUGACGAUCCCGCCCAACUCAGUCAAGCACCUUUCAGAAGAAACUCAACCUACUCAAAUACAACAGGAUGGAAAGCUGACCACCUAACAGAUAAAGCCAGUGUAAGGCUUUGUUUAAAGCCAUACUGCCUGCCACCCUCCCUAAGCAUUGGCCCUUUGAGAGAUGAGCUUCAGCUUCACAUCUAAAUAUGAACAGGACUCAGACUCACUUUUAUACCUGAAAACUUUGAAGGGGAUGUAUAUUUCUAAAGCCAGUCCUAACACACUCCCAUAAAAAAAAAAAUGAGCUAGGCAUGAUGCAUGCCUUUAAUCCCAGCUCACUUGGAGGCAGAAGUUUGAGACCAUGUUAUAGAGGGAGCUCCUGUCCUGACAGGGCAGCAGUGAAAUACUGUCAAAAGGGGGGGGGGGGGGUCAGAGGAUGCAUAUCUCCUACCAUGAUGUGCCUUACUUAUAUUUUAUCUUACUGAAUUAAAAACACUGAGUAAACUGGGCAGGUGGUACACACCUUUAAUACCAUCACCCAGGAGGCAGAGACAAGCCAGUGAGUUCAAAGCCAACCUAGUCUAGAGAUUCCCAGGGCUACACCGAAAAAAGAAAAGAAAAACCUACCUAAAAGGGGGGAAAAAAAGACACUGAGUAAUUUAAUUUGAAUAUUUCUAUCUAAGGCAGCAGUUUUCACUACCAGAGGGCUCAAGGAUCUUCCUACUACUUCACACUAGGGCACACCAGAAAAAGAAAAAUGUCAGUGUCUACUGGGAAAACUAAGAAUCCCAAACCAAGCUUUUAAAUCUCCCAACAAGAGAAAUAAACUUCCUGGAGUCUCGCCCUACCUUAUCCGCUGCCAUUCCAGUAGUAACUUACACUCAGCGCCACACCUUCUAUCCAAAACAACUUGAAAAUCUAUUACUCCACUAAACAUGACUCCAAUCAGUUUCCAGAAUCCCAAGGAGCUUUUAGUCUUUGGGUUGACUAAAGCACACCCAAAUGGGACAAGCUCUGGAGCAGGAAAAAUUUCACUGCAAGUUUCAUAACCCCUGGACUGUAUGGCACACUAUCGGGCACCAAAGAAUCUUGUCAGGCCUGGCGAUGGUGGCAGAGGCACAGGCCUUUAAUCCUGUUCAAGGCCAGCCUGGUCUGUGAAGUGAGGUCCAGGACAGCCAGAGCUGUAACAGAGAAACCCGUCUCAAAAAAUAAAAACUAUAAAACAAAAAAAAAAAAAAAAACCUAGUCAGCAG